AUGGCCAAGGACAAGAAGAAAAACUCGGACGCCAAAAAGGCCAAAAAGGCCGAAAAGGCAGCCAAGCAAGCCAGCAAGGGGGACAAAAAGGCCAAAACCAAAGCUGCCAAAAUCGAGGGCAGUGAUGCCGAAGAUGUCGAUCUGGACGCCGUCCUCGAGGAGUACCGCCGCCAGCAGGAGCAAUUCCUCAAGGUCACUGAAAUGGUUUGCGACGGGCCACCACGACCAAGAGCUGCGUCUACGUUGAUGGCUUCGCCUACGGAUACGAACAACCUCCUCUUAUUUGGGGGUGAGUACUUCAACGGCUCCUUGGCCCAGUUCUACAACGACCUGCACAUAUACAACAUCAAUCGCGACGAGUGGCGCUGCGUCACCUCACCCAAUGCUCCUCUGCCUCGCUCGGGACAUGCAUGGACUCGUGCCUCGAAUCCUAACCAUGUGUAUCUUUUUGGAGGCGAGUUCUCGUCGCCGAAGCAAGGCACUUUCCACCACUACUCGGACUUCUGGAGACUGGAGCCCGCGACGAGGGAGUGGACCAAGAUUGAAGUCAAGGGCAAGGAUAAGAGUCCUCCGGCAAGAAGUGGUCACCGUAUGACGUACUGGAAGCAGUAUAUUAUUCUAUUUGGAGGCUUUCAAGAUACUUCGAACCAGACCAAGUAUCUGGCCGACUUGUGGAUCUUCGACACGGUCAACUUUGUCUGGCUUUGUCCGACAUUGCCGCAAGCACAACUUAAGCCGGAUGCGCGAUCUUCAUUUACACUGUUGCCGUGUGACACUGGCGCGGUGCUCUACGGCGGAUAUUCCCGAGUCAAAGCGACUGUGAAUCUAAAGAAAAAAGCCGGCAAAUCCCAAAACCAAGGACAAAAGAACGUCCUCAUUCCCAAAGUCCACGACGACUGCUUCUUCCUAAGAAUGGCACUGCCUGCAGCGGACGCCGGUCCCAACUCCCCGCCAACUGUACGAUGGGAGCGCAGAAAGAAGCCCGCCAAUCCUCCGAAUCCCUCUCGCGCGGGCGCAACAAUGACAUGGCACAAGGGACGAGGCAUUCUCUUCGGCGGCGUGCACGACGUGGAAGCCAGCGAAGAAGGCAUGGACAGCGAAUUCUUCAACCAGCUCUUCGCAUGGAACAUUGAGCGCAACAGAUUCAUGCCCCUUGGUCUCCGCAAGCCGCGUCAACAAAAGAAGGCCGCGUCGGAACAACAGCGCGUCGGCCGUCGUGGUCGUGCGCAAGCCAACGAGGAGGAACUCCUGCGGCAACUUGCUGCCCUUGAGACGGGUGCUUCUCUCGACGACGUGGAGGGCAUCGAGAUUGAGAAGAAGGAGGAGGAGCCGGAGGUGGAUGAGAAGCCGGCGAGAGAAAUGCCAGUCACCAUGGAGCCUCCUCAUAUUCGGUUCAAUGCGCAGAUGGCGGUGCAGGACGACGUGCUGUACAUUUAUGGCGGGACGUUUGAGAAGGGUGAUCGUGAGUUUACGUUUGACGACUUGUAUGCCAUUGAUUUGAGUAAGCUUGAUGGGUGUAAGGAGAUUUUCAACCGUCCUGUUGAGGAUUGGAUUGAAUCCGAGGAUGAGGACGAUGAUGAGGAUGAUGAAGAUGAAGACGAGGACGAAGAGGAUGAGGACGAGGAUGAGGAUGAAGAGCCCGAACAGCUUCACACGCCUAGUAAGCGUAAGAAGGAUGUGUCGGACACGGCAUCCGAAACGACGUCAACACCAUCCGAAGAAGACGAUACCGAAACAACAGCCACGUCAGUGGACGACGGUCUACCUCACCCCAGACCAUUCGAAUCCCGUCGCGAGUUCUUUGUCCGCACAACGGCGGAGUGGCAGGAAAUCCUCAUGACCAGCCUCCGGUGGAAGAACAUACAGCCUGAGACGCUGACGAUCAAGGAGAUAAAGGCCAAGGCGUUUGAGCUGAGCGAGGAGAAGUGGUGGGAUUGUAGGGAGGAGAUUACGGCGUUGGAGGAGGAGCAGGAGGCGGCGGGGAUUCAGGAGGUUGUUAGUCUGGCGGAGAGGGGGGAUGCUGGAGGUGGUGCGAGGAGGAGGUAG